CGUGGUGCCAACAGGCAGAAUGAACCUUUUGGGUGCGUCAGCCGAGUAUGAUACAGUAUGACUCUUGCUAAACUUCAUGGCUCAUGAUCGUCCUGAAGAUAUCGAGCAUCAAUUUUGCGACGUUCAAGAACGUAUGGCCGCAGUGCAGCCUCGGUCGGUGUGCCAUGGUGUUGACCUUGGCGCCAAGACUCUCAGAGCUCCACGUGACUGCGCGGAAUCAUCCACGGACGCGACCCAAUGACCCAAUGACCCAUCGAGAACCUGGAGCGCAACAGACCCCGACUAUCUUCGCCCAAGCAAAACUCGCUCCACCAUAAACAUGCUUGACAUCGAGGACUUUGACGCGGUAUAUCGCGAUCUUCACUACAACGAUGGCCUUGUUCAAGAAAUCCAAUCAUACCGGACUGCGCUUGGAGGGCGCACCUUCUUUGAGCGGCUGUUGACACUGCUGAAUAUCAAGGGAAGCAAAAUGUACCCGCCCAAAUCCCCACAACAACUCCAGGAGCUCCAUCAGCGCGUAAUCUCCUCCAACACAACACUACACAAUAAGCACUGUCUUGUGUUUUACCUACUCAAAGAUUUAUCGGCGCAACAUCACGAAGCGACAGAGCUAGCUGAAUCGUUCGCGAAAGACGUACACCUCGAGAAGCGAUUCUGGACAUUCGUUGAAGGACUCUGGUUCCUCGACCACCUCCAAUUCGCGACCGCUGUCGGACACCUUACAUACCCAGGCAUAAUACCUACCUUCCCCGAUGAGAUCAUGUACACCCUCUUGACAGGGCAGGAUAAACUGAGUAGCAUGGGCAUGGCAAGGGAUCCAAAAGAUGAUAUACUAGCGCUAGCAUACUACAACUGCGUACGGCCGCCGUUGGAGGAUCAGAAGACUAGGGACGAAUUUGCAAAAUACCUUGCGGGUCGGAAUGUCACGGAGAUGUACCAGUGGAUCCACAGCAGACCGGAAUACGAGCAGACGCCCCUGCUUGAGAUCCUCAUCGAGCAGACGCUAGAUCACCAACCUUGGUCUCAGGACCCCGAACACGAGGUGUACACGCGAGAUGCUAAGGCGCUUGAGCUAGCGGGCUUGCCGUUCAACGAAGACGAGGAGGAGUUUAUCGAGAAGUUCCUCACUGAAGGCAGGGGCAGGACCUUCCAGAGCGCGCAAGACCUGGUCAUGAUGCGCAGGAUUGCCACUGGCAAGCUGGUUGAUGUCGCGUCUGAUAUGGGCACACGCGGACGCAGGAUAGAUGGUGUGAACUGGGAGAGUUUGAAGGAUGGUGUGAAGAGAGGACUAGGGCCCAGAAAAGAUGAGCAGAGCUUCAUUGCCUAAGACGAAUCGCCUGCGAAAGGGAUUUCUCAUGUCUUACGUGGUAUUUAAUGCAUAGCGAAGGCGUCUUGGUACAAAUUCAACGCGGUGCUUUAGUCUGGCACACCUGUCUCUACUCGUCCCACCAAUUGCUCAACAGGAUGCUACAUCACCUCUUCACCAUGCCUCGCUCGGAACAGUACUCAGUCAUCACGUGUGUCUUUGGUCCUCUAGUGUUGACCACAGCGCCACGGCUGAC